AUGUCUUCUUCUACCAGGAAGAUCACUCCCGCCGAAAAGGCACAAUACAUUCGAGCACUACGAUCUCAUCAGUUCAACACUAUAGUCGAAUUGAUCCGCGUUGAGCAGGCGUUUGCGAAGCUUGGUACACCAGAUUGCAGUGAACCCAUGACAUCGGCUUGGAGAUACUACGUCGAAUCGCACAGCUUGUUGACCGAGCUCCGCGGACUGACGAAGAACUACCCAUUCAGUUCCGAUGCCCUGGACGAAGCCAAGAGGCGUGUCUACGCCGAUCCUGCAAGUAACCGCUCGUGGAAUCUGUGUUGGUUGGUUCUGAACAAGAUACAGACUGACCAACUCCUUCCGUAUUAUGCGCAUUAUCAGGCAUCGCAGCCUGCCAUGUGGGCAGGUCGUACGCCUUCUGCUGAGCAGAUCACUCAGCUCACCAAUGCGUUCGUCAACGAAUGGAACUGGGCUCUUGGCCAAAUGUUGGGUCGUUGGACGCAGCCACCGGCUAGGUGA